AACUCAAGAUUCACUAAAUUCUUUAUUCCAUUGAAAAUUUAAGAUUUUUAUGCACAUAAAUAUCAAAAAAUAGUAAGAAAAAUGCUUCAGAGAGCGAGGCCAUUGCUGUGUGCGAUCCGCGCUCAGCGUAAUAGCGUACAUUGUUUACGCAACAUCCAGACAUCACCUGCGCCACAAGAGGGGAUCGUGAUCAGUGAGAGCUGCGUACAAAAAUUAAAACAGCUCUGUGAUGAUGAAAAGAGCUUCUUAAGGGUGUGCGUAGAAAGCGGAGGCUGCUCAGGAUUCCAGUACAAAUUUGACUUGGACACUAAACUUCAAGAUGAUGACAGAAUAUUCGAGAAAGAUGGAGUCAAGGUAGUAAUAGAUGAUACUUCACUUGAAUACAUCAAGGGAUCCACAAUUGACUAUCACACUGAACUAAUUCGAGCGGCGUUUAGAGUGGUUCAGAAUCCUAAUGCUGAUUUGGGCUGCUCAUGCGGGGCGAGUUUUUCAAUCAAAAUCGACUAAAGGUAACUAGAAUAAAAUAAAAUUAAAGGUGUUAAAGAUUAGAAUAAGUAGGUGACAUUUGUAAAUUAAAUAUUU